AUGAGCGUUUCGAAACAACAAAAACCUCAAGCGCGAACACUGCAGGAGGGGCGGGUGGUGGGGGAAGGAGUAGGGGAAGAGAGGCCGACAAAUCGCGGCGCGCGGUGGGCGGGGCCUGCGGCGGCCGCGGUGGGCGUGGCCUCAGGGGGAGGAAGAGGGGAGAGGGGCGGGCCAAUCCCUGCGUGGAGGGGGGAACGGAAGGGAGGUGGAGAGGUAACUUCCCCUCCUCUCCCGGGGCGCGCGCGGGAGAGCAGCUCCAAGUCUGGCGGCGGCCGCACGCGCGACGAAGCCGCUCGCUGCCGCCCCCGAGGACAGCUCCUCGCCGCCGCCGCGCGCCGCGUGUCGCGUCCCCCACCGCCCCCGGCCCGGCAGGUGCACAGUGCGCGAGAGGGAGGGGGAUGGUGCCGGAGAGCCGCCCCCGGCGGGAGGCGGCGCCCGCGCCGCGCUGAGGGCAUGGUGCUGGAGGCGGGAGCGCUGCCGCCCCCGCUGCAGCUGUACGCCGCCGCCUUCUCGCGGCCGCCGGUGCUGCCCGCCUUCUUCCCGCUGGGGUUCGCGCCGCCCCCAGCCUUCUACCAGCCGGCGCCGCCGCCCCCUGCCAGGCGGGACGACGCCGAGUCCGGAGGCGGCGCAUCGCCUGGUGGAGACGCUGACGGCGAUGACGUGGGCGGAGCGAACGGCAGCAGCAAGCGGCGGCGGUCGCGCACCAACUUCAACAGCUGGCAGCUGGAGGAGCUGGAGAGGGCGUUCCUGGCCAGCCACUACCCCGACGUCUUCAUGAGGGAGGCGCUCGCCAUGAGGCUCGACCUCAAGGAGUCCCGCGUCGCGGUGUGGUUCCAGAACCGGCGCGCCAAGUGGCGCAAGAAGGAGCACACGAAGAAGGGCCCCGGCCGGCCGGCGCACAACGCGCACCCGCAGACGUGCAGCGGCGAGCCCAUCCCCGAGGAGGAGCUGCGGCGCAAGGAGCGCGAGCGGCGCGACAAGAAGCUGCUCAAGGCGCUGGAGCGGCAGCAGAGGAAGCUGGCGGCCAAGGGCGUCGCCGUCGACCUGGCCACGCUGCGGCGCGAGUGGGAGGCGCAGCAGCAGGGCAAGAAGUCCUCCUCGGCGACCUCCCACCAGCAGAACCUCAACGACUCCUCGAGCUGCUGCAGCGGCAGCACGGCCACCCGCGGCGACGAGGAGAUAGACGUGGUCGGCGGCGACGACGACGACGACGACGACGGAGGCUGUGGCUACAGGUUCGCGCAGUUCCGCGCGCCGCCGGCGUCCCCGCCCCCGUCUCGCCCCGCCCCACAGACCGCGGUCCCCGACAAGCCGCGGCGGCUCAACCCCUUCAGCAUCGAGUCGCUGCUGUCGCGAGACGACAAGUGCAGGCCGGCGCGAGGCCCGGUGCUGUGACUGCCGGAGGGGCCCCCGCCCCCCGGCCGCGAGUUUUGUGAUAGCUAGAGACCCGCCGGCUUGGACACACAUCACGUGAACUUCCCCGUAGCAGUGUGCCGACCUGUGCAGCAGGUCUCCUCAGGGUUGAGAAUCUUCUGCGUGCUGGCAGGUGGUAGGUAUAUUUGCAUAAGCCUGAGAGGAUCCUUCAUUUUUUUGGUCAGUCAGAGGGAUGGCUAUCCUGGCAUUCGCUUCUGUAUAAUGCUUCGUCUCACUGGCUGUCGUUGGACACUCGGUAGGGGCGUACAAUCUUUCGCACAAAGAUGUUAAGUUUCUUUCAGACGCGUUCUCGCUGUCCUCACGCGAAUGGUCCGGACAAACAAGGCGUUCGCUUCUCUUGCACUGCACGCGAUUGCCAAGGAAGAAACUUCUGGCGAGGUAGUAUCUCAUUACAGUCUAAUGAGCGUUCGGAUUAUUUCACGAAAAAUACAUGCCCCUACUAAUCGUACUUAGAUGCUAUAUGGCUUCUUUCUUCUCGCUUUCUCCAAUUUUUCAUUUUUUCAAUAGGGGAAAAGCUAAACAGGGUCUAUCAUAUCAGCCAUUUGCCAACAACAACCAAUGAGACGAUUCCAUACAUGAUUGGCAUGGAAACUCUCGUGAUUGGCUACUUGAAGAAGUUAGAAAAGUAUUUGAUCCUCAUUUUUAAUGAAUUACGAAAAACGCUGAUACAAAUGUUUUUAAAAACAGAAGCCUUUAACACCAGUCUCCAUAACUCUAGCUUCCAUACAAAAUUUCAUCCCCUUUUUAUUCCCCUUCGGGGAAGAAUUUUCAAAAAUCCUUUCUUAGUGCUCAUCUACAUUAUAUAAGGAACUCCUGUGCAGAAUUUGAUGCUUUUAGACCCACCGGUUUAAGUUGUGCUAUGUUUGACAGUCAAUCAGUCAGUCAGUGUUAGAGUUUUAUUAAAUAUAUAUACCCCUUAAACCUUCCAGCUCUCAAUUGAUUCUUAACCCUGAAGAUACGUGCUGCAAAACAGAGCGAAACGUUUGAAAUCACUACCACUGCGACGCUACACAACCUUGAAGGCCAAGCUAAUUUAUCAGGCAAUGGCGCCGCCGAGGACUGCAGUCUAGUUUGUGGUUGUACCAGUUGACACUCCUCGACCCAGUGGUAACAAGUGGGCUGCACAGUAUUAAAAAUCAGUAGAUUAUGGAGUAAUUCUUUGGAAACUUCUCAAAAUAUUUCUUGUUACAUUAAAAACACAACGUAAAUUUUACAGCUCUUCGAUAUGAAUUCUGCGGGUACUAACUACAGUUCCCUCGUUUUUCAUCGACAAGGGAAGUACAGGAUCCAUUUCGUAAAAAUUUAACAUUACACAGCAUGUUUUUAAAACGUACGCAAAAGUUGUGGUUAUUGAAAAACUAGUGUCCGAAAUAUUGUUUGUUAAAAGUAUUUUUUUAUUAACUGAAUCGAGUUUUAGGACCAAGAUGGUUUUUUUUAUUCGUGAAGAAACCAGCCAGUAAAAAAAAAAAAGGCAGAGAACAGAGGAAUGUAAAUUUUCAGCCUCGUGCUACAUGAUUCCGCAAAAUCGUUGGCCCUCUAACGAUUGUGCUUCAGAAAAUAAAACAGUUUAUCACCUGCAGACGUCCUGCCAAACGAAGGAUCUCACUUGAUGACUUAACAUAGCAACAUUGCUUCUUUCUCUUCCAAUCUACAGUUCAGUAGUCUAGUUCGUAUCUAGAAACUUUUAAAAACACACACACAUAAAUUUAUACGAAUGUGAAAAUGUAAUUUAUAUAGUAUUACAGAAUAGUAAGACAGUAUUAUUUAAAGCUGAAGGAAUAUAAUAUUAAUUACGAAUUCAAACAUAGUUUAUUUAAUUUCUCCGUCUAUAAGGUCAUUUAUUUAAAUAGUUUUAUUGAAAUUUAAUUUCAUGUUAGAAGUUGGAUUUGGCUUUUCAAAAAUACUUUUAGAAUAUUCUUUGAUAUAUCAUUAACUUUUUCAAUUAUUUUUUUGCAAUACUUACAGCACUAUUAAUAACUUUUAAAUAUAUUUGCUUUGCAGUUACUUCGUCGUUAGAUUCUGGUAGAAUGUUGAUAAACAUUACUCACGCACACGUCACCUACAGUAAUUUGGUAGAUUACUUUUUCUAAGUCGAAAGUAAAUUUGCAUUAAGUCAUUAUUAUGUUAGUGCUAUGUCCGAAUAGACAACGUGUACUUUUCAAGCAAAAGCUUGAAACGAAACACUAGUGUACAUACAUGAUUAAACAAUGUAACAUGUUACUUUUUUUUUAACAAACAAAACCAAAUUGAAAAUAUUUUCAUCAGUCAGUUUUUGUAUUUCGUUGUUUAAUAACAAAAAUGUUGUAACGGAUACACAAGCAAGAGACUUAUUUUUUUGCUUGUUGAGGUUAGAACCCUUGAGGGCUUUAGUGGGAAUUAUGACAGCCCUAGUACACACUAAGUGACGUCAAAAUCAAGCGAGGCAAUUGUACAAUUAGAUAUUGUUGACAAUGUGACACAGAAUAAGCUGUUAGUUUUUAUUAUAAAUUACUGCAAUAUUUUGUAAAAAGAAGAAUGUUAUUUAUCAUAAUUUUCACUGUUAAGUUCAAGUACAAGAAAAUGGUACGUAAUCAAAAAAUAUUUAUUAUGAGCAUAGAAUACUUGUUUUAGAAAAAUAUUUAUUUCAAAGUAUGAUUUUAAAUUCUGAACUGGAUGGUAUUUGAUUAGAGAAAAAUAUAUUUCUUCAAAGUGGAUAUAUUCAACUACGAACACGUAAUCCACAAACCUGCACUGAUUAAAUAUAACACGUUACAUAUCGUAGGUUAAACGUAGACCUAAGAAAGUAUUGAAAAAAAAACCACUGGUGGGAGAGUAAUUGAUAGUAUGUAUUAUGAGAAUUUUAAUACUUAGCGUAAGCAUGUCUAUUCAUUGUUUUGGAUAAUUUUUUAAUCUCUCAUAGAUACUGCCGAGUGGAGUUGUGUUGUGUAAAGCACAAAUAUGUUAAAAACAUAGCAACAUGGCAAAUAAACCAAAAGUUGUUUCCACAGUAAGAAAAUGACUAACUGUUUAAAAACUGUGCUAUGUAAUUAAGUCAUAAAGCUAAUUUUCUAUCUGAUGUUUUAUGUUUUAUUUCAUUUUUCAAACUAAGUUAUUACAAUUACAGAAACUAUUAUUGUAUUCAAAUUGUAUUAUCUCUGAGAGAAAGUUUUGACUAAAAAAGGAAAAUUUAUUUUUCGUGCAUUUCAGAUAGCUCUACUUAUUUUUAUCGAGAAAUUAUGUUUGUUAAUAAAACUUAAACUACGAAAAACUGAUUUAUAAAAUGUUUGUUUGGUUUGUUGAAGUAGUUUUAUUGUGAAUAUACCAUCAACAAUUUUUUUCCCAACCAACUUCAUUUAUUUUGACUAGCCUUUUAAGAACUUUUUGUACAGAAAACCUUUCUCUGUGUCCACACAGUGUAUUGGAAAUAUAGAAAUAAGGCAUUAAAAGUAGGUGUAAAUAUUGUACGGCAAACUAACUUUGUAUGUGAAUUGUAAAAAUAGAAACGAGGACAAUGUGGCAAUAAAUAUAUUUAUUUCAACCUUU